ACACUCUCGCGGAGUAACUUCGACGAGUAACCUUGUCGAAGUUGCUCAGAACGAGCAGCUCGUAUCCACAUUCUCGCGGGUCUUCACGAGCUCUUCAGUACUAUGACUGACACCGAACUGGUUACAGCAGCUACUGCUGCUAUUUGUGUGUAUAAUUUUUAUAAUUAUGUAGACAUUUAUUUUAAGAAAAAGAUUAACAAAUCGUGGAGAAAAAAGAGAUGGUGGAUGUUGCCGAUACAUAAGAAUAGAACGAGGGAUUGGAUGAAGAGACAAACUACUGAAGUACUUAAUGAAUCUUCAUCAGGAGAAUUCGAAAACUUUCAUAGGAUGUCUCCUCAAGAUUUUGAAUAUCUUCUGCUUCAAACUGCUCUUUUAAUUUCUAAGGAAGACACGCAAUUAAGGGAUGCAAUACCAGCGAAGGUUCGGCUAGCCAUAACCUUAUGGUUUUUAGCUACCGGUGAUUCAUAUAAAAGCCUUCACUUACUAUUCAAAGCGUCUAAUCAAUCUAUAUCCAAAAUUAUGCCGGAAGUCUGUUCAGCUCUCAACCAUGUUCUUAAGGAUGAAUGUAAGAUAAAUAAAUAA